AACAACCACCAGCAGCAGCAAGAACACAAAGUCUAGAUUAUAUAGACGACUGAUGGGCUGGAAAUAGACCCUGGAGGAGAUCCAACACUUUGAAAGGCUGACUUUGUGUGUGCGUGUGUGUGUGUGUGUGUAUGUGUGUGUGUGUGUGUGGGACAGUGUGUGGCGAGAGAUACUGCUGCUGCUGCUGGACUGAGAGGGAGAAUCACAGAGGAUGGCAGAGUCCAGGAGGAGAUGAGAAGAGCUGAGGAGGUCUGUCUGUUUGCGGAAACGUCCCAGUCUUUGUGUCCUGAGCUCUCUCCCUGCACAGUUGGACCGGAGCUGACACUAGGAGGAUGAGCAUGGAAUGCAGAUGGAUUGGUCAAGACAAGUUCCCAAUAUAGAGCUUCCUGUUUGGUGUUGCACCUGAGAGUCACCCUGUCUGAUGGAUUACGGUGUUUUCUACCAGCUGCUGACAUGAAUUCAGAGGCCAGUGGGAUGUGGAAGCGCUCGCCUUCACGAGAAAUCUGAGACUCGGAUGAGCCCUCGAGCACAACGAGAACUUUUAAGUGAAGGAGAUAAACCAUGGACUUGUUAUGGUGUGGCAUCGGACCGACCCUGUGCUUUUAACCUGUUUGUAGCAUCCUCUACCCCCACCCCAUGUCACAUCUUUCCCUGAAUUAUGGAAAUUUUGUGGAAGACGCUGACUUGGACACUGAGCCUGGUGGUGAUGGCUGCUUCUGAAUUUCAAAGCGUCAACAGACUUUCGCACAACUCUCAAGAGGAGUUCCUGUCCAACCUGCAGCACUUCCAGCUGACUGUCCCGGUGCGGGUGGAUGAAAAUGGAGAGUUCCUGAGCUACACUGUGAAGCACCACCGGCCGGGCCGACGGAGACGGGGGGCCGUGGACCUCAUAAUGGGUCCAGUGCCGGCGUUGGACCCGGACCCUCCAGAGUCCCGGCUGUUCUACAGACUGUCAGCGUACGGAAAGCACUUUCACUUAAACCUGACACUCAACCCCCACCUGGUGUCGAAACAUUUUACAGUGGAGUACUGGGGCAAAGAAGGGCUGGAGUGGCGUCAUAACAUGGUAGAUAACUGUCACUAUGUGGGAUUCUUGCAAAAUCAGCGCAGUACGACCAGAGUGGCACUCAGCAACUGCAAGGGCCUGCAUGGUGUUAUAACAACAGAGGAAGAACAGUAUUUAAUAGAGCCAUUAAAGAACAUAUCCUCCACCACCUCCAGCGAAUGGAACCUGGAAGAAGCACAGCAACAUGUUAUUUAUAAAAUGUCUGCCAUUCCCUCACCGCAAGAGCAUAGCCAGGAGUUCAGCUGUGGCAUUUCAGACCUCAUUGAAAGCGGUGCACCUUGCAAGCAUAAUGCAACUUCCCCUGUCCACUCGUCCCCUGUUCCCCAAACCAACAGCGAGCGCUCGAACAGCACUCACAGACAGAGACGCUCUGUCAGCACCGAGCGCUUUGUGGAGACGCUAGUGGUCGCUGAUAAAAUGAUGGUCGGUUACCAUGGACGCAAAGACAUUGAGCACUACAUCUUGUCUGUAAUGAAUAUUGUUGCCAAACUUUACCGUGAUGCCAGUCUAGGAAAUGUUGUGAACGUCAUUGUGACCCGGCUGAUUGUUCUGACUGAAGAUCAGCCUAACCUGGAGAUCAACCACCAUGCUGACAAGUCUCUGGACAGUUUCUGUAAGUGGCAGAAGUCCAUCUUGUCUCAUCACGGCGACGGCAACAGUAUUCCUGAAAAUGGGAUGGCUCAUCAUGACAACGCUGUCCUAAUCACCCGAUAUGACAUCUGCACCUACAAGAACAAACCCUGCGGAACCUUAGGCUUGGCCUCAGUGGCUGGAAUGUGUGAGCCAGAGAGGAGCUGCAGCAUCAAUGAAGACAUCGGCCUCAGUUCCGCUUUCACCAUUGCGCACGAGAUUGGCCACAAUUUUGGGAUGAACCAUGACGGCAUCGGGAAUUCCUGCGGCACCAAAGGCCACGAGACAGCCAAACUGAUGGCCGCUCACAUAACAGCCAACACCAACCCUUUCUCCUGGUCUGCCUGCAGCAAAGACUACAUCACCAGCUUUCUCGACUCAGGUCGGGGGACGUGUCUGGACAAUGAACCUCUGAAACGAGACUUCCUGUACCCAACAGUGGCCCCGGGGCAGGUGUACGACGCAGACGAGCAGUGUCGCUUCCAGUACGGGACUUCCUCCCGCCAGUGCAAGUAUGGGGAAGUGUGUAGAGAGCUCUGGUGCCUUAGCAAAAGCAACCGCUGUGUAACAAACAGUAUCCCGGCUGCAGAGGGGACUCUGUGCCAGACUGGCAGCAUCGAGAAAGGGUGGUGCUACCAGGGGGAGUGUGUUGGGUUCGGUACCUGGCCUCAGAGUGUGGACGGAGGCUGGGGCCCCUGGUCCAUGUGGGGGGAGUGCAGCAGGACCUGUGGGGGCGGUGUAUCCUCCUCCAUGAGGCACUGUGACAGCCCAGCUCCGUCUGGGGGAGGCAAGUACUGUCUUGGAGAGAGGAAACGCUACAGAUCCUGUAACACUGACGCGUGUGCUGCAGGAUCCCGUGACUUCCGAGAGAAGCAGUGUGCCGAUUUCGACAGCCUGCCUUUCCGUGGGAAGUACUACAACUGGAAGCCUUACACUGGAGGUGGUGUGAAGCCCUGCGCUCUGAACUGCCUGGCAGAGGGCUACAACUUCUACACCGAGCGCUCUCCUGCAGUCAUAGAUGGCACCCGAUGUCAGGCUGACUCUCUGAACAUUUGCAUCAAUGGAGAGUGUAAGCACGUGGGCUGCGACAACAUCCUGGGAUCUGAUGCUAAAGAAGAUCGGUGCCGUGUGUGUGGAGGGGAUGGCAGCACCUGCGAGGCCACAGAGGGACUCUUUAACGAGUCUUUACCCAGAGGAGGCUACAUGGAGGUGGUUCAGAUCCCAAAAGGAUCAGUUCAUAUCGAGAUUAAGGAAGUUGCCAUGUCCAAGAAUUAUAUCGCUUUGAAAUCUGAAGGGGAUGAUUAUUACAUCAAUGGAGCGUGGACUAUCGACUGGCCCAGGAAGUUCGACAUCGCCGGGACGGCUUUCCACUAUAAGAGACCCACUGACGAACCGGAGUCUUUAGAAUCGCUGGGAGCUACCACUGAAAUCCUGGUCGUCAUGGUCCUCCUUCAGGAGCAGAACAUGGGAAUACGCUACAAGUUCAACGUGCCCAUCCAGCGCACAGGAAGUGGCGACAAUGAGGUGGGCUUCUCCUGGCACCACCUGCCCUGGUCUGAAUGCUCGGCUACCUGCGCUGGAGGCUCCCAGAAGCAGGAAGUGGUGUGUAAGAGGCUGGACGACAACUCGGUGGUGCAGAACAGCUACUGUGACCAAGACAGCAAACCUCCAGAGAACCAGAGGGACUGCAACACUGAGCCGUGUCCCCCAGAGUGGUUUAUUGGCGACUGGUCAGAGUGCGGGAAGACGUGCGAUGGCGGGAUAAGGACGAGGACAGUCCUGUGUAUCAGGAAGAUCGGGCCUGCCGAGGAGGAGACGCUGGAGGAUACCCACUGUCUGACUCACAGGCCCAUCGAGCAAGAGUCCUGCAACAACCAGUCCUGCCCUCCUAAGUGGGUCACGCUGGAUUGGUCCGAGUGCACACCUAAAUGUGGGCCCGGCUAUAAGCACCGCAUCGCCUUGUGCAAGAGCAGCGAUUUGACAAAGACCUUCCCGCCCGCCCACUGCCCGAGCCACAACAAACCUCCUGUUCGAAUCCGCUGCAGCUUGGGACGAUGUCCUCCUCCUCGCUGGAUCCCUGGGGAAUGGGGACAGUGUUCGGCGCAGUGCGGCCUGGGCCAGCAGAUGAGGACAGUGCAGUGUCUGUCGUACACCGGGCAGCCAUCGAAUGAUUGUGCGGAGUCACUGCGGCCCACCACCAUGCAGCAGUGUGAGAGCAAGUGUGACGCCACCCCCAUUUCCAAUGGUGACGAAUGCAAAGAUGUAAACAAAGUGGCCUACUGCCCGCUGGUGCUGAAGUUCAAGUUCUGCAGCCGAGCGUACUUCAGACAGAUGUGCUGCAAGACCUGCCAGGGACACUGACCCUCGGAGCGCAAGAACGAGGCGUAGACGGAGAGAAAGGCAGGAACAAAGGUGGAGGGAGGCGGACACAGCACUGAAAGGGAGAGGAGAAGAAAACAGGGCAGACUGGAAAAUAAAACUCUGGACCAGUGGAAGAUGGACAAAGAGAGCUACUGGUGAACGAGGUGGAGAGAAGUAAGGACAUCCCUGUCUACCACACCUGACCCUCCUGCUCUCCAUCAUGGUGGAAUCCAAACCACUGCUCAGCUCAUAACGCUGACACAAACUUUUUUUUUUUUUUUUCACUUCUGUGAAGUGGAAUUUAGAAGAUUAUUUGUUGGUGAUGUUAUUUUUAUUAUAAUAAUAAUUAUUGAUAUCAUUGUUAGUCUUCCUCCGUGUUUGUUGUUUCUAUGAAUCCAAAGUGCUGGACACCUCGCUCACACAGGAUGUACCCCGGACACGGACCGGCGGAGGGGGAGGACCCCUCACCAGAAGAGGGGGACGGGAGUUGAAAGUGUCAGACUCGUGUCUUUGGGGACCACUGUGAUGGUGCUAUUGGCAGGCAGACUUUUGGCUUCGGUGCACUUUUUUCGUGUAAAUACUAUUAUUUACAAUUUACCGCUCAAAUACGACAGAGAAACCCCAUCGGUGUACUGUAUAUUUAUUGUACAAUUCCAAACAGAGCUGAGAUAUUGUCCUCUGAUCAUUAUUUUUGUCAGAUAGUAGCCUACUGUCAUGGAAGGGAAUGUAAUGUGAUUGAAUUGCAAUGUCUCUGUGCUGGAAUGAAAAUAUUACAUACUGUAAGAUAUGUUAAACCCUUAUAUAGUGUAAGGAUUUGUAUAUUAUAUAUAAUGUUUAUCCUGGACCAGAAAAUACCAAGUGGUUAUAGGUGAGCUUUUAUUCCAUCUUAUUAUUUCCCUGGUCGGGUGCCUUAGUUACUCAAAUUAAAGUUCACCCAGUGUCAGUCCACAGUAGUAUGAAGAUAUUGUCAGACGGUGCCUGGGCCGCAUGAAACACUGUUACCAAACUGGCCUUUACUAAACAUCCCAUUGAGGAGCUUUCAGUUCACUAUUGAAGGAUUCAUUUUGAAGGAGCACAUGCUAUGAAGCAGCUUGUUUGCUGGGAUCACAGUGCAGUCACUAUUUCCUAUAUAUCUUCAGGCUGGAGGGUUUUUGGAUCAGAUGUUUGUUUGGUCAUGUGAUUGUCACGGUUUCAGUGCUGAUAAGAGUGAAAGGGAUAGUUUGGGAAAUGUGCUUUUUUGCCCUCUUGCCCUGAGUUGGAGGAGAAGAUUUAUACCACUCUCAUGUCUGUGCACUAAAAGUUGUAGUCGCUAGCCUUGCUCGGUCUAAAGGUUAACAAAUAUCCCUUUUGUCCAAUGUAGCCUGAAAGGGAAGGAAGCACAAGUUCAAGCAAAUUUAGCACAAAAAUAUCGGAGACCAGCACCAUGUAUUGGUUUAUUAUAUAUACAGUUUAUUAAUAGCUCAGCAGCCAACAAUGUGUUAUCACAUUAUAUGCUUUAAAUGGAUUUUGAUGUCUGUCAGUAACAAGGCAGUAACAUCCAUUGUGUGGGUGGAAGUCUGGAGCUGCAGAUUCUGUCGGUGACUUCCAUCAUUCAGUACACUGAGGUUCAUUUGAUUCUUCAGUGUGCUGGUCCCUCACAUAUAAAUUGGAGGAAAAUUAUUUUAAAAUACCUUUUUAAACCACACUGAUUAAAUUUUGAAAUUAACAAACGUUACACCGAACAUAACUUACAGCCCAGCUCAAAUGUACAAUGUCCAGUGAUAGUGACAGAAACUGGGAUCAUCUCGAGUCUGCCAGAAAUGAAAGUAGAGAGAUGUUCACUACUCAACUUGAAUAUGUGAAGGUACUUGGGUUACCUGGACAUAACAAAAAAACAAGAACUACAUCUGCAGUCCAACCCCCCCCCAUUGUUGGUGUGUCUGGAUUUGUCAGAGAUCAACUGUACAGUUAAAGCAUGUAGUGUAAAUUAGACCAUCAGACUGAUGAUAGGCCAGAAUCUUCUUUGUAUCUUAAUAUGCGGCCAGGCUCGAUGUUUCCACUCUUCCAGCUAAAGCCGCUGCUGCUUUACAUUCAGCGUACACACAUGAGAGUGGUAAUGGUCUUCUCAUCUAACUCUGCAAAAAAGUAAAUAAGCUGACUAUUCCUUUAAAAAAGGGGCCAGUGCUAAAUAUACUCACCCAUCAGAUUAAUUGCGGCGAUGUUGCCAGACCACGUAUCCAGGCUGCAGACACCCGCUCCAGAUAAAGUUACCUCCUCAUCGUCUUUCCCUUUUCUCUCAUCAUCGGCAAAAAGACAAAAACAGCCA